AAAUUUAGAUCUUUCUAAAUAUAAAAUUCAUGGUGAAUGGGUUACAAUUCAUCAUAAAAAUCCUAUUAGACAUGUUAGUAUAGAUAAUUAUCAAUUUUUCGAAAUGAAAACACAGAUGAAAAAUAUAAACUUUAUUUUUGAUAUUGAAAUCUAUAAUAAAUAUUCACAUUAUACAUGGACAGCAUUAAAACGAAAUGAUAAUUAUUAUUUACAAGUUUCUAUAAAAGAUGAUUUAAAUAAAACAAAACAAAUUUCAUAUUUUAAACUAUUAUUAAAAGAAAAUCCUGAUAUUAAAUUUGGAACACAAAAUUUAAAAAGAAAAUCUUGA